UGUGUAGGCGUUUCUCUCUCAGAGACCAUAUAACUCCUGAAACUACGGCACUGCCUCAGAGGAUCACACACAUUUCUGCUGAGGAAGCGUUGUUGGUCCAGACCUGAAGUCAGUGGAGCAGGAGCUGUUAAGUGUGUAGAAGAUGGACCCUGAAGGCGGCAGAACGAUGGAGGUGGCGGCGCUCGGCCGGCCAUUCAGCCUCGGGAUGUUGUACGACUGCCGCCAAGAUUCACUGGUCCCUGGCUUGACACUGUGGGACUGCAAUGACCUGGAAAAAGAUACAAGAGAAAGACCAAAACCUAGCAGCGACUUUGAGAUAGUUGCAUCUGAAUCAAUUGCAGAUAAAUCUUCAGCGCUAAAGGUUGAAGCCUCUCUGAAAGCAAGUUUCUUAGGUGGACUGGUUGAGGUUGAAGGAUCGGCGAAAUACCUGAACGAUCAUAAGACUUCCAAAAAUCAAGCCAGAGUAACACUGAAUUACAAAACUACCACAAAGUUCCAGGAACUGUCGAUGAAUCAUCUUGGAAGAGGCAAUGUGAAGCAUCCAUAUGUCUUUGAUAAAGGAAUAGCAACACAUGUAGUCACUGGUAUCCUUUAUGGGGCACAAGCCUUCUUUGUCUUUGACCGUGAGGUGUCUAAAAAGGAAGAUCAUCAAGACAUUCAGGGCAACUUGAAAGUCAUGAUCAAGAAGAUUCCUUGCUUUGCGAUAGAAGGUGAAGGUUCGCUGAAAAUGGAAGACAAGGACAAAGAAAAUGUUGAGAAAUUCUCCUGCAGAUUCUUUGGAGACUUUUCCCUUCAGAAACCUCCGACAUCCUUUCAGGAUGCAGUGGAAGUCUACCAAAGUCUGCCAAAAUUGCUGGGAGCCAACGGAGAAAACGCCGUACCGAUGAAAGUCUGGCUGUUGCCACUGACAACUUUAGAUUCUUCUGCUGCUAAACUCGUACGUCAGAUAAGUAUAAGAUUAGUUCAAGAAUCCCAGAGUGUCCUGGAGGACUUCAGUGAGCUGGAAAUGAGGUGCAAUGAUGCAUUAAAAACCACCACUGCACAGCAGUUCCCACAGAUUGGCGGAAAGAUUAAAACUUUUAAAGAGAUGUACUCUGAGUUCAGACUGGAACUCCAACGAACCUUGGCAAAGAAACUUCCAUUAAUCCGAGGAGGAGGAGAAGAGGAGGCUGUGCUCGCUGAGAUCUUGAAGAAGAGAUGCUCUUCUCCUUUCAACAACAAAAACCUGAAAGAGUGGAUGGACUGUAAAGAGAGAGAAGUCUGCAUUUUAAAGUCUUUCACCAACAUUAUGAAAAACACCAAGAUCGUUCCAUCUGAAAAUGGUCUUCAUGAAGAAAUUCUCAGUGCAGAGCAUGCUGUGUGUUUUGUUUUCACCUCGCUGGGAAGUGCUGAACCAUACCUCUCAACUUUAUCAAACUACUUAAAACAAACACCAGACGACCCUCAAGAUCCACGCACUCAGGAUGUAGAGAAGGAACAAUGGUACCUUUCAAACAAAGCAGCAGACACAUUGAGGAAUAAAGCAAAGCUCUUCAGUGACUUUGCAGAGGCCAACAAGGAGAACAAGAACAUUAAGUUCUUGACAGUGGGAUUAACAAAUGAGACACAGAAAGGUUCAAGCAUCUACCUUUAUAAAGACGGCUUUCCAGUCAGUGAGAACUUUGAGCCGCCUUCAAAGCCUGAAACGGUAACAGUAGGUGAUAUAAACCACAACAGUGUGACACUGAAGAUUUCUCCACCCAGAUUUGGAGCAGAGAACAUCACCUCCUACUCGGUUGAGUACUGUGUCACUGGAGAGGAUGGAUGGAAACAGAAGACAGCAUCAACAGCUGAAGAAGUCACAGUAAGCGAUCUGAGUCCUAACACAGAGUAUAUGUUCAGAUGCAGAGCAGUGACCUCAGCAGGUUGGGUUGGGCCAGCCAAAGAAGUCAGUGGUUCCAUUAAAACCUUCCCUUGCAGCCCUCCUGGAAAACCUCAAGUUGAACCAAACUCAAGUGAGAUAUCAGUUAGCUGGGAGAAACCUGCUGAGCUUGGACAAGGUGUCCACAUCUUGAGCUACAUCGUGGAGUACGCCGUAAAGGACAACAGGGUGAAAGAGGAAGAUCUCCAAUGGAGCCAAAUGAUGUCAAGAGCUGAGAAGGCGAUCAUUUCAGGGCUUCAGUUAGAGACAGAAUAUAUUGUCAGGGUCCGAUGUGAUUGUGGUGUAGACGGCAGAAGCAAAGAGAGCAUCACUGUCUGCAAUGUCUGUACAACAAAACGUGAAUUUACACGUCUUGCAGAAUUCCUCAAACAUGUUAGUAAGAGUAUAAAUUCUGGACAUCCCUCACUUUACAAACUACCUCUGACAGAAGAAGAUAUGGACAUCGAUGGAUGCCGGAGGUUUAACUUUGGCAAAGAAAGCAUGAGGCAAAAUCGCACAAUAAUGGUUCUUGGAGCAACCGGAUCAGGAAAGUCCACUUUAAUCAAUGGAAUGAUCAACUACAUCGUUGGUGUGGAGUGGAAGGACACUUUCAGAUUUCAGUUAAUUGAUGAGGAUCAGUCUAGAUCUCAAGCUGAAAGCCAGACCUCUGAAGUCACUGUGUACAAAGUCAACUACCAAGACGGGUUUAAAAUCCCCUUCUCUCUGACUGUUGUGGACACACCAGGGUUUGGGGAUACAAGAGGAAUAGCAAGAGACAGGGAGAUCACCGAGCAAAUCCGGAGGCUUUUCACCUCAGCUAAUGGAGUCAGUGAGAUUGAUGCAGUGUGUUUUGUUACUCAGGCCUCUCUUGCACGACUAACCGCAACACAGCGAUAUGUGUUUGACUCGGUGCUCUCCAUUUUUGGCAAAGAUGUGGCAGAGAACAUUGAGAUGCUGGUGACUUUUGCAGACGGCAAGCAGCCACCGGUUCUUGAGGCAAUAAACGUCUCCCGGGUUCCAUGUCCAAAAAAUGACAUAGGGCUUCCAGUUCACUUCAAGUUCAACAACUCUGCAUUGUUUGCAGACAACAGAAGCAGCAGCGACCGGGCCUGUGGCGAGGAUUCUGAUGAGGACGACAACUUUGACGAAAUGUUUUGGAACAUGGGUGCCAAAAGUAUGGGGAAGUUCUUCACUACUUUGCAAAAAAUGGAAACCAAAAGCUUGCUAAUGACCCGAGAGGUUCUAAAAGAAAGAAAGCACCUUGAAACAGCUGUUGAAGGUUUGCAACCACAAGUUAGAGCUGGAUUAGCAAAACUUGAAGAAAUCAAGACAACCAAAGAAAAGAUUAAAGAGCACGAAACAGUCAUGACUUCAAACGAAAACUUUGAGAUUGAGGUGGAGAUCACAAAAGCGGUCAAGAAACAGCUCACAAAGAAAGGAGAGUACAUCACCAACUGCCAGAAAUGUUCAAUAACAUGCCACUACCCGUGCGCGAUAGCAGAUGAUGAUAAAAAACGUGGCUGCGCAUCAAUGGAUGCGACAGGGAGGUGCACCGUCUGCCCUGGAAAAUGCAUUUGGAGUUUGCAUUUCAACCAGACCUACAGUUGGGAUUAUGUUCAAGUAAAAGAGAAGAAGACGCUGCAAGAGCUGAAAGACAAGUACAAAAAUGCAACGAAAGAAAAGAUUACUAUUCAGGAAGUGAUCGAGAGGCAAGAGGAAGAGAUUGCUCAACUCCAAGACAUGAUCGUGUCCCUCAUGGAUCAGUCGGCUCACUCUAUAACUCGUCUGCAAGAGAUCGCUCUGAGGCCGAACCCUCUGACCACUCCAGAGUACAUCGACAUGCUGAUUGAAGGAGAAAAAUCAGAGGCCAAAGAGGGUUACAAGGCUCGAAUUCAGUCCUUGGAGGCAAUGAGGGACAAAGCAGACAUCAUCUCCAAAGUAAAACGACAGAAACUUACAAAAACGCAGGAGGAAUUGUCCGAAGAAAAACAGGAGCGGAAAAAAAAGAAAGGUGUUGUCCAGAGAGUUACAAAUUAUUUUUUUGGAAAUUAAGGAAAGACAUGACCCGGUUUGCAGUCUGCGGCCACGUUAGCAGCACCGUGAGGUUUUUAUCACAAUAUAAAUCAGAACAAAAGUGUUGGCUGGAUGCAAAAUAAGUCAAAAGUACAGCCGAGUCCCGGUAUGACCAUCAGUAUGUUGACGUGAUUACAACUCAUGUGUACAUUUUGUAUUAUUGAUGGUAACAUGCUAGCAUUCAUUCAUUGCUCCAAAUUUCAGUUUUUAAUUGGCUAAGAGCCACACUCACCUGGAUUUCAUCUCUAAAUGACCUGAAUGUUGUUUAAAUGUGGAAAAUUGCUUCUUAUUUGACACAUAUGUCAUUAAUUGUUGCCACACAGAUGUUUGUCCUCAUGUUUUUUUUUAUUAAUGAUCUAUUUAGUACUUACAAUAUACGUUUCAUAUUUAGAAUCACUAAAUACUUAUGAUUUAGAGAGUUAGAGUUAGAUGUCUGUAACAAAGAUGGUUAACACAAUUUCUGUUUAUUUUACAUAAUUAAAUUGUAGGUGUGCUGUAUCGUUAGUAGGUUAAAGCUGCUUUAACAUGUAUCCUGUAUUUUAACACCAUGAUGCAUUUUGGGUAUUUUUCUUCUUGUUUUGUUUUUUUUAAAAGAAAAGACGUAAAUAAUCUCAUUGAAAUUUGGGUAGAUGUUAAUAUAAUACCAGACGUGGUUUUACUGGAAACCGAGUUUGAAUAUUUCAAUGUUAUGUGAUUGAGUUGUGAUUAAUAAAUUGUAAUAUUUAGUUGAA